CCAAUGUGAUAUCACUGUUCUCUUCUCUCCAUCUCUCGGCUAUAAAGAAGUUGCUACGUCUCCACAACAUUCAAUUCAUAAUCCUAACUCACAAAAAUUCACAUUCACAGUGACAUUGAAUUGCAGUAGAGAGAGAGAAAAAGAGAGAGGAACAAUGACUACCAUCAAUUUGGCCUCCGACUGCGGCGAGCGGACCUACGACGGAGCGAGCGAGCUGAAAGCAUUCGACGACUCGAAAGCCGGCGUCAAAGGCCUCGUCGACGCCGGAAUCAGCGAAAUCCCCCGAAUCUUCAUCCGACCGCAGGAGACGUCCGAAAAGAGCUCCGAAUCGGGCAGCAGCUCCGAGAAUCUCAGCGUCCCGAUCAUCGACCUAGGCGGAAUCGAACGAGACCCGGCCAAGAGGAAGGAGGCGAUGGAGAGGAUGCGACGCGCGUUGGAGACGCUGGGGUUCUUCCAGGUGGUCAAUCACGGGGUUCCGGCGACCGUGAUGGAGGAGAUGAAGGAGGGGGUGAGGAGGUUCUACGAGCAAGACGAUGAGGCAAAGAAGGUGUUCUACACGCGUGACAUAACGAGGAAGGUGGUGUACAACAGCAAUUUCGACCUGUACACGGCAUCGGUGGCGAACCGGAGAGACACUUUCUUUAGCUACAUGGCGCCGAGCCCGCCGUCGCCGGAGGAGCUGCCGGAGGUUUGCAGGGACAUACUGAUAGACUACUCCAAGCAAGUGAUGAGCUUAGGUGUACUGCUGCUCGAGCUCUUGUCCGAGUCUCUCGGGCUGAGGCCGGACCGCCUCCAAGAGAUGGACUGCGCUGAUGGCUUGGUGGUCAUAUGCCACUACUACCCGGCAUGCCCGCAGCCCGAGCUGACAAUGGGGAUGAGCAAGCACUCCGACAACGACUUCCUCACAGUGCUCCUGCAAGACCACAUCGGAGGCCUCCAGGUCCUUCACGACGAUCGCUGGGUCGAUGUCCCUCCUGUCCCUGGAGCUCUGGUGGUCAAUGUUGGCGACCUUCUACAGCUUAUAACGAACGACAGGUUCAAAAGCGUGCAGCACAGAGUGGUGGCGAACUCGGCAGGCCCGAGAAUAUCGGUGGCAUGCUUUUUCAGCACGAGCUUCCAGCCGUCGUCGAAGCUUUUCGGGCCGAUUAGGGAGCUCUUGUCCGAGGACAAUCCGCCAAUCUACAGAGAAACCACAGUGAGGGACUACCUUGUCUACUUCAAGGAACAUGGCCUUGAUGGAACUUCCCCUCUCAGACACUUUAAGCUGUGAACUUGGAAUCUGAUGUUUUUUUUUUCUAUGGAAGAGAUGCAGAAUCAUUCGGCAAUGAAUUAGUAUCGUGCAUACGAAUUUUGGAAUUCCAGUUUGCUCGCCGUGUUGUGACCAUGCUUCUGUGGCAAUGUACUGAUUGUGUACGAGAAAAGAUUCAUUUUUCAUGCUGCCACUGGACCAUUUUUAGCCUAUGUUGCUAUAAACUUCUUAUUUGAACAAGCAAAUUUAUUUAAUUAA